AUGUUUUCCGUCGACCCACAAACAACCUCGCCGGUGUCGGGAAGUUCCCGACCGGCGCUCUCGGACGAGGAGGUGUUCUUGGCGGCGAGCCACCCCAAGAAACGCGCCGGGAGGAAGAAGUUCCGGGAGACGCGUCACCCGGUGUACCGCGGCAUCAGGAAGAGGGACUCCGGCAAGUGGGUGUGCGAGGUGAGGGAGCCCAACAAGAAGACCAGAAUUUGGCUGGGGACCUUUCUCACGGCGGAGAUGGCGGCGCGUGCGCACGACGUGGCGGCUCUCGCGCUUAGGGGAAGAUCGGCCUGCCUCAAUUUCGCUGACUCCGCGAGGAGGUUGCGGGUUCCAGCGACGACGGACCCCCGGGAUAUUCAGAAGGCGGCGGCGGAGGCCGCAGAGGCAUUUGGACCAGGGAAUGAAUCGGGAAAGAAUGAUGAUGCGGUUGCGGAGACGGUAGCGACGGCGACGGGGCAUGAAGAAGAAGAAGCACAAGAACAAGAAGGGAGGGUGCCGGAGUAUCUGAGGAACAUGGUACUGAUGUCGCCAACGCGCUGCUUCGAGAGUGAUGAGUAUGGAAGUGCCGACGUGGAAUUUGACGAUGCUGAAGUUUCCUUGUGGAGUUAUUCGUUUUAA